AUGUUGCAAAACGGCGAGUUCAUUUAUCUACUUUUCAUCUCAGGAUUCUUUCUCUUAUCACAUGGAUCGUCUGAAUUCCAUCCCAUUAACAUAACUAAGAGCUAUGAAGAUGCCAAAGAAUAUUGCAGAAACAAAUACACAGAUUUGGCUACAAUCCACGACUUGUCUGAGAUGAAUGAUCUGAGGGCUUUGGGUGAUGAGAGUGGCCUGGACAGAGCCUUUAUCGGACUGGAGAUUGCAGAGACCAGAAGGUGGCACUGGGCUGUACCUGCUCACACACUGGAGUACACAAACUGGAGAGAAGGAAGUCCAAAAGACAAAGAGUAUGAUUUAUGUGGAGCCAUAGAUGAAAGUGGGAAGUGGUUCGAAAGCAAUUGUACGACCAAGAGAAGAUUUGUGUGUCACAGUUCUGCAGGGAGUCCUGUCUUGGUCACGAACACCGAGACCUGGCGAAAUGCACAGAGGCACUGCAGGGGCCUCUCCACAGACCUGGUGAGCAUCAGGUCUGCAGAGGACAACGCUAUAGUGGCAAACAUGUCCCAAAACGCCUGGAUCGGCCUCUUCUACGACCCCUGGAGAUGGUCGGACGGAAGCAACUCCUCUUUCCGUAAUUGGGCAAACUCGCAGCCCAACUACCUGGAGGAACAGGACUGUGGCGUGGCAGUUUUCAAAAACGGGAAAUGGAACGAUCUGAAAUGCACGGUCAAAAGACACUUUGUUUGUCAGGGAGCCUAUAAAGAACCGCCCUCAACAAUUGCCACCACAACAGAGGGGGCCACAAAAGUGACGUAUUUGAGCACAAAGUACAACAUCACAUCGAAAAGCACCAUUGUGACUUUUCACUUCACUGUCCAGAAUAACUCCACACACAAUUCAACCAUGGUGACCAACCCAACGACCGAGGAGACAUCAGCCUCCACCUCGGCCUCCACCUCGGCCUCCACCUCGGCCUCCACCUCAGCCUCCACUUCAGUCUCCACCUCAGCCUCCACCUCAGCCUCCACCUCAGCCUCCACCUCAGCCUCCACCUCAGCCUCCACCUCGGCCUCCACCUCGGCCUCCACCUCAGCCUCCACUUCAGUCUCCACCUCCAUGACACUGGCCCCUCACACUUCCACACCAGAGAACCUGGUGUUAGUCCAGCAGAACCUGACCUGGGUGGAAGCUGUCUCCUACUGCAGGACUCACCACUUGGACCUGGUCUACAUCUCCUCCGAGGACGUCCAGAGGAGAGUCUCCGAGAAGCUGGACCUCGCCACCACGCCUCACGUGUGGAUCGGCCUCAAGUACAUCUGCCUGUCAAAGACCUGGUUCUGGAUCAACCCGAGCGGGAGCUGCUACCAGAACUGGGCCCCUGAUCAAGGCUCCGCGGGCAACUACAGCUGCGGGGUGUCAGGGGCCAUUCAGUCCACUGGGGGGCAGCAGUGGGUCGGCCUGCCGCAUACACACAGGCUCAACUUCAUAUGUUACGGCUGUACUGUGUAG